AUGAUGGUGGUGCCUGGGAAUGCCCCGCUCAUACAGCAGGAUCAUGCUCUGGAGCCUGACUUAGGACGAGACUCAACGGAGAACUCUGCCAUGGGCCCCGACACGGAGCCGACCUCCGAGGAGGUUGGCCCGGAGCUGGCGGAGGUGCGAAAGCUGCGGGAGCUGGUGAGGAGGCUGGAGAUCGGGAAUCAGCACCCCAGAACGAAGAGUAGCAGGAGCAUGCUUGGGACGAACGUGCAGAGUGAGAUCCGUGCUGGUGUGGAUAACCACGGCUCUGGUCUUAAUGGAAUGGAAAUUAAUAAUAGCAUCAAUGCGAUCACUGAGAAGCAGGAAUUGCAAAUCAUGGCAGAUCUGCACAACCAGUUAAGCAAAAUGAGGAAAGAGGAAGGGGAGAACAACUGCUUAAAAAAAGACAUAGAUGCCCAAAUGCUAUAUAGUUGCAACAGUGCCACGGAGGAAUUGUCUUCCAGCAUGCGUAAGGCGGGAAUGAAGAGCGAUGAUAACAUGAGAUGUCCUUCACGUAUGGAUACAAGUGACAGCACAGAGCUUAUGGGAAACUUGGUCAUUGCGAGUAUCGAUUCCUCGGUUAAAACAAAUGAACACGAUCCCAAUGAAAAGUGUGGAGAUGUAGAAAGUCUUUCGAAUAAUGCAGAUCUGGAUGAAGUGAAAGUGUUAGAACUUGAAAACUGCAAUGAAGAGGAAGAUAGCUGGCUCUAUGUGUCCCCAAGAAAAUCUACUACAGAUCAGAAACCAGACUCGCCUUUAAAAUGGUGCCGACAGGUGUUGGAUAAUCCCAGUCCCGAGACAGAAGCAGCCUGCCGAACUCUUAUGAACAGACUUGAUCAAGGUACGUAAACUGUCAGCACUGCUUCUUCAAAU